AUGGAGUUGUGGCCGCAAGAAGGUGAAUGUACAAGAGUUAGAAACUAUGUUGAAAACUCUGGUUUCUACAAUGCCGUUGUGAACUCUGUGAUUGUGUAUGACAAGGUCGCAGUAUCUAGUUUUUGUGAAAGGUAUUACGGUGAAGUCGACACAUUCCAACUCCCUUUUGGCGAGAUGGCAUUGACUCCUGAUGAUGCAUACCAGAUAUUAGGGCUACAGGUUGAAGGAAAAGAUGAAGGUCUCUCUAAUAUGGAAUGUCGUUAUGCGGCGGCUGCGUAUUUGUUGUACGUCCUUGCGUCGGUUGGGUUUCCCAACACCAAAGGUAACAGGGUCAGCGCCAACCUUCUUCAGCUUUUGGAUCCCUUGGAAGAUGUGAACAAGUACUCUUGGGGGAGUGCCAUAGUUGCACAUAUGAAUGGUCAGCUUUUCCAGGCAUCUCGCGAACGAACUUCUCAAAUUAAUGGGAUUUUGGCUCUAAUCCAGGUGUGGAUUUAUGAUCAUUUCCCGUCAUUGUUCAAAGAUAAUGAAGACGUGCAACUCAACCCAAAAUGGAGCAAAGGUAGUCCAUCAGGAACUCGAUACUUGUUUACCGGUUCUCAGGAUAGGGAACAAACUGAAGCGUUGAUAGAAAUGCGCCAAAAACUGGACAAUAUCACGUUACCAGUUCUUAGGAUAGGGAACAAACUGAUGCGUUGA